GAGAGAGACCAGAGUAGCACUGUGCGUGACGGGGCUCUCUUCGCCAGUCAAAGCUGGCUCCCUUCUCCCGCGGAGGUGACGCUCUGCUCGGCGCGAGUGCGUAAACAAGCGGAGCGUUUGGAAGAGAGACACACACUGGAGAUGCACCACAUCACGUCCUGCUCGUGUGGACUUUUGUAGACACAAAAAGCCUUCGAUGUGGGAUCCAGUUUUGUCGCUCUUGCCAGGCUGAAAUCCUCCUGGGUCAGGACCUCGCUCAUGGCGGCCCUGCUUCUUGGGCUGCUGCUCUUCGCCAUGCAGUCCCCCACCGUUCCCACCUCCUCGCCCCUGGCGGACGGCGAGGGGCCGCCCUCCGUCCCUUUGCCGCCCGACAUCGGCGCCGCGGACCACCCGAAUGGGACGGAGCAGCAGCUCCCGCGGAUCAUCAUCAUCGGCGUGAGGAAAGGCGGGACGCGGGCCCUCAUCGAGAUGCUGAGCCUGCACCACUCCGUGGCGGCGGCCCAGAACGAGGUGCACUUCUUUGACUGGGAGAGCCACUUCCAGAAGGGCUUGACUUGGUACCGCAGCCAGAUGCCGUUCGCCUUCCCCAAUCAGGUCACCGUGGAGAAGACGCCUGCCUACUUCACCUCCGCCAAAGUCCCCAAGCGCGUCCACCAGAUGAACCCCGACGCCAAGCUGCUGCUCAUCCUCAGAGACCCCACGGAGCGUGUGCUGUCAGACUACACACAAGUCUUCUACAACCGCCUCCAGAAGCACAAACGCUACCAGCCCAUCGAGUCGGUGCUGGUGAAGGACGGCGAGGUCAACCUGGGCUACAAGGCGCUCAACCGCAGUCUGUACUACAUGCACAUGCAGGACUGGCUGCAGUACUUCCCGCUGGAGAGCAUCCAUGUGGUGGACGGCGACCAGCUCAUCCGGGACCCCUUGCCCGAGAUGAAGAAGGUGGAGCGCUUCUUGAGGCUGGAGCCGCAGAUCAACGCCUCCAACUUCUACUUUAAUCAGACCAAGGGAUUCUACUGUUUGCGAGAGCAGGGGCGGGAGCGCUGCUUGCACGACUCCAAGGGCAGGGCGCACCCCCGCGUAGCUCCUGCCAUCCUGCAGAAACUUUACCAGUUCUUCCACCAGCCCAACAGGAAGUUCUUUGAGCUAGUGGGUCAAACAUUCAACUGGAAGUGAAAGCUUUCUCUUUCGGUGCUAACAGAGUACAUGAAGAUGGCACUAAAUCUAUUUUUAUACACGUUAGACUACUCACAAUAACAUUCAGGUGAAAUUUCAGGAUGAACCUAAAAUGCAUUUUAAGGUGAACUUCAUUUGACCCUUUCAUGUCCAACUGAUUAGUGUUUCAGUCAUUUUUGCAAACACUAGGAGAUGAAUGGCGAAAUUCACAACAGGUGCACGAUUUGAUGAAUUCUGACAUCAUGAGCCCAAGACAACACCGAACAACUGAUCGACAGUAGGUCACCUUUGCGAGGCUUCAAACAGGAUGUUCUCAAAAGGGAAGUGGUCACUGAGUAGAGUGUCACAGAGUGUCAUCAGAAGGUUCCAACAGAGUUACAGCGAGGCUGUAAGUGUCACAGAAACCAUAGAAGCGGACGCCUUUGGAAAUGUUCAUGUAUCAAACACCUGCUGUGAAUGCCAUUCAACUCCUUGUCAGAGAACAUCGAGUUAGGAAAAAACUACUGAAACAUUGAACAUGUGGACAAAGUUCAGAGAAAGUUCACCUGUAAAGGUGACAGUGCAUUUUAGGUUAAACCCGAAAUUUCGUCCAAAAGUCAAAUAUCCCUAAUAAUUAUGAUUGUGAAUUAUAAUUAAAAUAAUAAUAAUAAUAAUAAUAAUAAUAGUUAUUAUAUAUUAUAAUAUAUAAUUUAUAUUAUUAUUAUUAUUACUAUUAAAUAUUCAUAACCCUUUGUGAGUAAUCUAUAUCCGAACCCGAAGGACAUCCAGCUGCUGCGAUGUAUUCUUUCAGUACCUUCAUAUUGCAUUUAUAUUGCAACAACAGAUACAUCUUUUUAUUCAAACUGUGUAUGUUUAAGAAAAUGUAAUCAAUUGUCCGAUGCACUCAGUCCAGAUUUGAGUUUUAUGUCAAGGACAGUUGUCCAAAUGCACCUGGGCACGUCCAUUUGCCGAUUAUGAUGGUGUCAUGUACGAGUUUGUUCUGGUGAGAAUUUAGUACGAUUUCAAACAAAAAAAUGCACUCUAGUCAUUAGACAUAUUUAUUUGCUACAUUGCAAAGACUUUAGUUUUUGUCAUAAAAUUAAAAUGCCCCUUUGGAAUAAUGCUAAAUUAAAGAAUUUUAUGGAAAAUUUUAUGUUUUAUUUCCCAACAUUUUCUACAGCCUAGAAAGCCCUAGAAAAUUGUUAUUAUAGUUUUACUUUUUUUUUUUUUACACUCCUACAAAAUGAAUAUCGCAUUUGAACAUGAUAAAGGAAUAUAUAAUCAUAUAUAUACAUAAACUUGUGAGGGGGAAAAAAAGUCAAAUCCAAAGAUUUACACUCCAUAACAUGUGAUUGCACAACCAAAGUGUGGAUCCCAGUUAUAGCAAUUUCAACUCAGCACAUCAGCCAUGUUUGCGGAAUGUUCUGUGGCCAUUUCUCUGAACUGAGUGAAGCCCACAUUCAUUAUGUUGCAUAACAGACCAGUUUGAUCCUCAUCAAGUGCUUAACAUUUUGUGUGAUUUCUUGCAAAAUUUUGGUGUGUUCAUGUUUCCUGUAAAUAGAGGUUUCUAAAACAAAUAAUGAAUACUACAUUAAAGAGCUAUAUUAUUUUCA